AUGGCGGGUCUUGUGGCAGCGUUCCUUUCACCAGGCUUCCUGAUCUACGCUUUCUCGAUCCUACUUGUCACCAAUGCUGUGGUAUAUCUCGUCGCUACUCUUCGUCCGAAAGCUUUUCCUCCUGGGCCACGGGGGCUCCCCGGCUUCGGCAACCUUCUCCAGCUCAACAGGGCCUUCCCUUACCUCACAUUAAGCGAAUGGGCCAAAUACUAUGGCAAAGACACUCCAAUUGGAGUCAAAAAGGGCGCGAGCAACGUCGUGGUCUUGAAUAGUGGCCGCCUAGUUCGCGAAUUGUUUGAUCAGCGAGGCGCCGUGUACUCUGACCGCCCUUGGCAAUAUAUGAACAAUACUUGGGUGUUCAAAGACGACAUCAGAGCUGCAAUUCAACAAAACAAUUCAGCCUGGCUGACCCUAUGGCGCAAAGAGUUCACCAGCAACUUUGGCCAGGCAGCUGUCACGAGACAUCGACCAAUUUACGAUGCCGAGACAGCUAGGCUCUUGGUCAAGUUACUCGAAUCUCCGAACGCGAGAAAGAAGGAUCUGGAAACCAUCCUGGUGUGCUGGAUGAUGAGUGCGCCGACCUUGGGGGUGUGUGGUAGGCGUCCGGACGGUAUGGAAGAUCUGGGGUUCUUUGUCGAAGACUUUAUACAUUGCAGUGAUGAGUAUUCCGCUCUCACAGCACCACACCCAAGAGACGUCUUCCCUCUUCUGCAAUAUCUCCCAGAGUUCUUCGGGAUGGCCGAAUGGAAAAUCAGGGCUCGAGCCCUCAGAGAGACCGUUAUCGGGAUGGGAACCAAGUUCGUAAAUGCUGCUGAACAACAGCGCGAGGCCCUGGACGCUGGCAAACCGAUCGGGUGGGAGAGCGUUUUGGCAAGAAUGUUGAAGCAAAGGCGGGAGAAGAAGGAGUACAUGUUCACGACGAAAGACAUUGGCAAUACCGCGUUUCACACAAUGGCAACUGGCUGGGCGACAUCAUUGGCGACACUGACGACCAUUCUGAUGCUCCUAGCAAAGGAUCCAGAGCUCCAGCAGAAGAUGAGGAACGAGGUUCUUGAGGUGACAGGAGGAGCAACGCCUAAGCCAGCUGAUGUCCCCAAGCUAAAGUACAUGGAGGCUUUUUGGUACGAGGCUCACCGCUGGCGCCCCGUCGCUCCACAAGCCUUUCCCCACGCAACAUCUCAGGAUGAUAUAUACAAUGGCUUCCGUAUCCCCAGGGGCACUGCUGUCAUCGCUAAUGUCUGGAACAUUCAUCAUAGCGAGGAGGAUUAUGAAGAACCGGAAAAGUUCAUCCCAGAACGAUUUUUGCGACAUCCUUUCGGCAUGCGAUCACACGAGGGAACACACGAUCCUGCUCGCCUGGAGGCAUCGGGCGCGCGUGUCACAUACGACUUUGGGGCCGGGCGCAGGAUAUGUCCAGGCAUGUAUUUGGCGAAGCAUAGCGUACUCCUUGGGUUAGCCAAGAUGAUCUGGGCUUUUGAUAUCUUGCCGCCCAAGGGAAAAGAGAUUGAUCUGGACCUGGAGACCGGCUAUAUCCAAGAAGUUGCCCUGCGCCCGAAGGACUUCGAUGUCAGUUUCAGGCUGAGGGUUGGUCGAGCUCCGGAGGAUAUCACGAAUCAUUACUCCCAGGCGUAUGAGGCUGAAGCCAAAGUGAUGGGAUGGGAAGAUGGCCAGUUCAAGUGA